AUGGAAGGCGGAAAAGAGGCGAAUUUAAAUGAAAGAUUGAAAUAUUACGAAAUUAUCGAAGUGAAUCGGCGGAUCGAAAAACGAGGCGUUGUGGAUAACAAUGUUUUGUACAACAAACAACAACGAUUAAUUUUUAGAGCAUUCAAUCGUUUUUUUGAUAUAUAUCUUACACCAAGGAGAGGUAUUCUUCAUACGAAUUUCAAGUGUCGAGAAAUAGACGGAUAUGGGCAUGAAAAAGUAUGCUCAGUUAGUCCGGAUGAACAUUUCGGUGGUCACUUGCAUGGUGCUGCUGAUUCAAUAGUAACAAUUAGCUUCAAUGAUGAGGGCUCGUUACUGGGCACUGUACAAAGUGACGGGGAAAUUUACGUCUUCGAGCCUGCAAAAAUCCAUUUCAAAACAGCUCAUCCCUGGGAAGUCUUAGCUUAUCGAAAUUCGGAUUUAAAACUAAAUUAUGAGAUGGGUAACGGAUCAUUUUGUUCAUCGAUAUUAACUGGGAACCCGAAUAAUGCAUCAUUUUUUCAAUCAGUGCGAAUCAAGCGAUUGUCAGCAUUGCCAGCGCAUAAAAACCGGUGCGCCUUACGCGUGGUUGCGGAUUAUCGAUUUUUUAGGACGAUUGGAAAUGGUAGCCAAGCUUUCUCUGCUCGAUAUUUGAUAAAUGUAAUUGAUCGUGUUAAUGCAUUGUAUACAACGACUGAUUGGGGCAUCGAUGAGGACGGCCGACGAUUGAUUAAUAUGGGUUUCAUGAUAAAAGAAAUGAUAAUUCAUACGUCUCCUACUGUUAAUCAACGUAACCAUUACAAUUCAAAUACCGAUACUAAACGAAGUGUCAAAGCUGUUCUUGACAAUUUUUCCCGGAACCAAGGAUCUGAUAAAUACUGCCUUGUUCACCUGUUUACAGCACAGUCUUUCGAGAAUGGCGUUCUUGGCUUAGCUUAUAUUUCAUCACCUGAACUUGAUGCAGCGGGUGGGAUAUGUUCAGUGCAGAAUAGGGAUCAAUUAGGUGUUGUCUAUUACAAUACUGCUCUCUCAAGUGCAAAAGCUACUCAUGGUGGCACGGUGGUAUCACGUGAAGCGGAUAUCGUAACGGCUCACGAGUUAGGUCAUAAUUGGGGUGCUACACACGACGAUUUAUCGGUGGAAUGCUCACCACCAUACAGUUUAGGUGGUUCCUAUGUUAUGAACACUUUUUCCGUCUCCGGAUAUGAUGAAAAUAAUAACCGUUUUUCGCCAUGUUCACGCCGUCUCAUUGGAAAGGUUUUGUCACGAAAAGCAAAUAUUUGCUUUGAACCUGAAAUGAAUGCAUUCUGUGGUAACGGUAAAGUGGAAAAUGAUACAAAUGGUUUUGCAGAAGAAUGCGAUGUUGGUGGUUUGCUUUCCGGAACUACUGACAAUUGUUGUACAUCGUAUUGUCGUCUCAAGCCGAACGCAAUCUGUUCACCGAAAAACAGUCCAUGCUGUUCAAGUAACUGUCAAUUUCUUCCAUCGACUCAUAUUUGUCUUCAUGAAAAUCGAUUUCAAUGCAAGCUUGCCUCAUACUGCACAGGCAAUUCAGGUGAAUGUCCAGAACCUGGCUUCGUGCAAGAUGGUACACCUUGCAUUGAAGAUGGUGAGUGUCUGAAGGGCCACUGUCUCACGUUCUGUGAAAGACCGUCUGUCAACAAGAAACCGUGCAUGUGCAGUAGAGAAGCAGUUGCUUGCCUGCGUUGCUGUCGUUCUGAAAACGGGACGUGUGAGCCAUACAGUUAUGAUCCGAAGUAUAUCUUAAAAGAUGGUACUCGUUGUAUUCACGGCACAUGUUCGCGUGCCGUUUGCAUUAAAGAAGUUGCUGAUUUCGUUUCUCAUUUUUGGAAUAUUAUCGAAAAUCUUGAUGGAACGAACCUCUGGAAAUUCGUUGGCGACAAUUUGGUUGGUAUCAUUGCAGCUGUUGUUCUGAUUAUAUGGAUUCCUGCAAGCAUACUUAUCCAUAAAAUAGAUAAAGCACGUGAAGUUGCAGCAUCAGAAGAAAGUGAAAGUCAUAUCGAGGUUGUCGGAGAGAAAUCGAUUUACAAAUACAUUAUUAAUUCACAUUUUCCGGGAGGUGAUGUCGAUGGAAGUUCACGAUACUAACUGCAAAUAGUAUUCAGGAGGAAAAUUUAUGAAGCAAAAGUAGGCAAACCAAUCAACUUUUAUUCAAAGCUUUGUAGUCUUGUAUUAUGUAAUCGUUAAUUGACUUUGGAUUUCGUCCUGUAAGCGAUUUUACUAUUUUUUUGACUGUAAUUUUGUUCACUGGAAUUAGAUGUUUUGUUUCUAACUCCUCAUUUCUAUUCGCUUCUUUAAUACAGAUGGCCAAAUGUGUUUUCUUUUAGUUGCGUAAAGUGAAAAUGCAUUAAUUUGCUUGAAUUCGAAAUUGGAAGCUGCCCCUUUAAUAAGAUCAGAAUGUACAAAUUGAUCAGUCAAAAUGCACAAAUUGAUCAGGUGAUCUGUGAUUCUUAAUGAUUAACACCAUAUAGAUUCCAAGCUUUAGAUUGGUUUCCUACCGAUUUCAGAAACAUUUUUGAUACAAAAGCUUGCAGAACUUGGUAAUUGUCUUUUUUCAAAGGAUGCCUUAUGAGUGGAGCUUGAAACUGUUAUCUUUCUGGAUUACUAAAAGGUCAUUGUUCAAAAUACCAG